AUGGAUGUCCCUGAAAGACCUCGUGCUGGACUGCCGCGGCGGUCUAGCUCAGCACGACGGAUGCAUCGAAGAGAUUCGAACAUAAGCAAUGCGAGCAUUGUGUCUGAGGUUGAAAUGGCUACGGACGAGCCGUUCUCGGGACCAAUAUCUGAGAGCGUUCCUUCGAGCGUAACUGGCUUCGCAUACCAGCGCCCGAGGCGUCGAAAGGGUUCCAUAUCGAGCUUCACUUAUUUCCAGGACGAAGAGGAAUCGCCUGACUACUCCGACGAAGAAGCCAUCCUGGAUGUUAGUGAUGACGAAGAUGGGCAUCUACAAGGAGAUGGUGGCGAUCUCGAGGCUGGACAUACCGAACCUCUUCGACACAAGCACUCUGGUCGUUUCAGAUCUUCUUCGGACCAGCCACUUCUUGGGAGACGGGAGUCUGCUCGCAGUGAUACCCAAGAGCUUGAACAAGGAGGCAACUUCAGCCAAAAACUAUACAUCGAAACCGAAGACCUUACCAUGGUCAUAGCGGGUUUCAUAACCAGUUCUCUUGGGUACCUGGCGUAUCUCGCGAUAUGCAUUUUGACUGGUGGUAUUGGCUAUCUUGUUUUUCGCUGGGUGCCGCGGUGGCGCAUUUCACUUGUUGGCUUGCCUGCUCCCCUUAAAAAUUGUUCUUGGGUGGUCGUAGAGAAUCAAUGGGGCGAAUUCACCGUUCAUUAUGUUGCUGUUGAGGAAUAUGGCCACCCGAUGUCCACAGUCUUCACGCUUUCCGGACGAGGAAAGCUCAAUGGAUACCGAUAUGAUGGAGAUGUCGAGUUGCCCUUCCUGCGGUUUCUCGACUAUCGGUACAUGAGGCUCCUCUAUCAUCCACUCGAGGACAAGUUCGUCCUCAACAACGAUUGGUGGGAUCCCCAAUGGACAUCCGUCAAAGCUCUCCGAGAGGGCCUCGAUUCGGAAGAGAGGGAUCCCCGGGACCAGGUAUUCGGCAAGAACGUGAUUGAGAUCCAGCAGAAGACCAUACCCGAGUUGCUCCUGGACGAGGCUUUCCAUCCUUUCUAUGUCUUCCAGGUUGCCAGUCUUAUACUCUGGUCUUUGGACGAGUAUUACUACUAUGCUUGCGCUAUUUUCCUAAUAUCUGUCUUCUCAAUCACAACCACUGUCGUUGAGACUCGAUCAACGAUGCAGCGUUUGAGAGAGAUCUCACGCUUCGAAUGUGAUGUCCGCGUCCUUCGCAACGGAUUUUGGCGAUCUGCCGUGUCCAGUGAUCUUGUUCCUGGGGACGUUUACGAAGUUUCGGAUCCGUCGCUAUCUCAGAUACCUUGCGAUAGUCUCCUGCUUUCUGGAGACUGUAUCAUCAAUGAAAGCAUGCUCACAGGCGAAUCCAUUCCGGUUUCCAAGAUUCCAAUCGUGGACGAAGCAUUGCCUUACAUCAAUCUUGGGGCUACAUCAAUACACCCCAGUGUGGCUCGGUAUUUCCUUUUCUGUGGGACCAAGAUCAUCCGAGCUAGACGGCCGCAAGAUACAGACGACGAUGAAGCUGUUGCUCUUGCAAUGGUGGUGCGCACUGGAUUUAACACCACCAAAGGUGCCCUUGUACGGUCGAUGCUCUUUCCGAAGCCAUCGGGAUUCAAGUUCUAUCAGGAUUCUUUCCGAUAUAUUUCCGUCAUGGGAUGCAUUGCUGCAGUGGGAUUCAUUGCCUCGUUCAUCAAUUUUGUCAAACUCGGCCUGGCAUGGCAUCUCAUCAUAGUGCGAGCCUUGGAUCUGAUCACUAUCGUCGUCCCUCCGGCGCUUCCAGCCACUCUUACGAUUGGAACAAAUUUCGCCCUUUCCCGGUUGAGAAAACAGCAGAUCUUCUGUAUCAGCCCUCAAAGGGUCAAUGUCGCCGGCAAGCUUGAUGUUGUCUGCUUCGACAAGACCGGGACUCUGACUGAAGACGGACUGGACGUACUUGGUGUCAGGUUGGUCCAGCAUCCGGAGAUUCGGUUCGGAGAUAUCCUAGAAGAGGCUCAUGAAGUCCUGCCUCCAGCUCCAUACGAUCGCGAUCCAACCGUCGACUACCGUGUCAACAAAAAUAUGCUGUACGCAAUGGCGACUUGCCAUUCUCUUCGGUUGGUGGACGACGAGCUCAUAGGUGACCCUCUUGAUCUGAAGAUGUUUCAGUUCACCGGUUGGUCUUUUGAAGAAGGGUCACGCAGCACCCACCACUUCAUCGAACCUGGAUCCCACCAAACGGCGCCCAGUGUGGCCCGCCCUCCUCCAGGCUUGGAGUACGAUGUGGAUGAUUCACAAGACAAUGCCAAUCCAGUGCGUGUUGAGCUCGGCGUUCUCCGGUCUUUCGAGUUCGUUUCACAUUUAAGGCGUGCCAGUGUUAUUGUUCGUCAACAUGGCGACCCUGGUGCAAGUAUCUUUGUGAAAGGCGCUCCCGAGGUCAUGAAGGACAUAUGUACUCCCUCCAGCAUCCCCGACGAUUUUGAGGAUCUGCUCAGCUACUACACACACAAAGGAUUCCGUGUUAUUGCCUGUGCCUCAAAAUAUGUAUCCCGACUAAAUUGGGAUGAUGUCCAGGCUAUGGAUCGCUCAGAGGCCGAGUCAAGACUACAGCUCCUUGGCUUCAUCGUCUUCGAGAACAAAUUGAAAGAGAUCACUACUGAGAUUAUCGAAGAACUGAACGAAGCUCGAAUCCGAAACGUCAUGUGUACAGGCGACAAUAUCCUAACCGCCAUUAGUGUGGCGAGGGAGUGCGAGCUGAUCGAUCGCAAUGCCCAUUGUUUUGUGCCGCAUUUUGUGGCAGGGGAUAAGCUGGAUCCAAAGGCACAACUGACAUGGGAAAGUGUCGACAAUGCUAUCUAUCAACUCGACGAGAAUACAUUGUUACCGUUGCCAUUGUCGGCCGAGGACGACAUCUCUUCACCAUAUGAUGCGAUGGCCAUUGGCGAGUAUACACUGGCUGUGACUGGCGAUGCAUUCCGCUGGGUCAUCGAUUUCGCCCCCACUGAAGUCGUCGAGAGAAUGCUUGUCAAAGGAGCUGUAUUUGCGCGUAUGUCUCCCGACGAGAAGCAUGAACUGGUCGAACGAUUGCAGAGCAUCGACUAUUGCUGCGGAUUUUGCGGCGACGGUGCGAAUGACUGCGGCGCCUUGAAAGCCGCUGACGUGGGUGUCUCGCUCUCAGAAGCCGAGGCGUCUGUCGCGGCACCUUUCACGAGUCACAUCUUCGACAUCUCAUGUGUCCCCGCCCUUAUCAAGGAAGGACGAGCUGCACUAGUGACGAGCUUCUGCUGCUUCAAGUACAUGAGCUUGUACUCGGCCAUCCAGUUCACGUCCGUCAGCUUCCUCUAUGCAUCCGGAUCGAAUCUGGGCGACUUUCAAUUUUUGUUUAUUGAUCUGGCCCUGAUCCUGCCAAUUGCCAUAUUCAUGGGCUGGACAGGUGCAUACCCGGUCUUGAGCAAGAAGCGCCCGACUGCCAAUCUUGUCUCCAGAAAGGUGUUGACGCCUCUUCUGGGCCAGAUCGCGUUGGCUGUGCUUGUCCAGUUGAUCGCCUUUGAAACCGUCCAACAGCAACCUUGGUAUCAGCCACCGCAGCUGAACCCGGACAAGUCCAAUGUGGACAAUUCCCAGAACACGGCCCUGUUCUUGGUCUCUUGCUACCAAUAUACACUCUCGGGGGUAGUGUUGAGCAUUGGGCCGCCUUUCCGACAAUCCAUGACAACUAACGUUCCGUUUUGUGUCACGAUUGUGGUGGCCCUCCUUAUGUCUUUGUACAUGCUCCUCGACCCGGCGCAAUGGUUGGCCGAUUUCAUGGAUCUGACGGAGAUGUCCCUGGGCUACGAGCUGUUCCUGCUAGCAUUAGCAGCAGCCGCUUUCGCCGUCUCUCAUCUGGCCGAGCGUCAUUUCUUUCCGCUUCUGGCGAAAUACAUUGGCCGGCUCAAGUUGAGGAUGCGGCCGUCACAUCCGAAGAAGAGGAAGAGGUACAAGCUUAUCGCCGAGGACAUCUUGAAGAGCAAAUAG